AUGGCUUCCAGCCGCUUCCCCGCAGCCACAGACCAGUGGGAGAAGACGUCCAUGCCCGUGUGCUAUCCAGAGAAGAACACUGGCAAGUGGCGGUUGUUCCUCAACUUCACAAAGCGGAAGGGAGACAAGGCGAAAAGGCAGCAGAGUUCAAGGUUUGCUUCUCGAGAGGCAGCGCUUGCCGGCGUCUUGGACUUCAGGAUAGGCUGGGAGUACAGCCAUCGCGGCAAGCUCUACAAGCGCACGAUGAGAGAUCCAGUCCCAUCCUCAGCAGCUGUGGCGGCAGCGACUGCGCUUCCAGCAGGCAAGUCGCAAAUUGGCCUCGGCAAGCUAAACGCCGUGGAGGAAAGGAAUUUCAAGCGACAGCGGCUGGCAGGUUCGGACGCGACCCGCGCAGGCUUCACGCUAGAGUCGACGCUUUCCAGGCGCGAGAGACGUUCGGUGGCCCGGGGCUGGAGCAAGAGGGAAGGAAAGCUUCGACGGGACUUCGACAAGCGGGGCUCCUAUCUCGGCAACCGGAUCUACGAGCUGACAUCGCAGAUCUGUAGCAACGAGCAGCACAUUCGGCGUAUUGAGGAUGCUAUGGCGGAGCAAGACCUCGCGAGUCUUCUCGCCCCUCUCCCCCCCUCGCCCAUCGAAGGAAAUGCAGAGGUGGACGCACGGGCGUGUACCGAGGGCGAGGACAACCAGUACAAGGAGGAAGUGUCCGCCACCCAAGCAAACCGCUUGUGGUAUCAAGGGCACUCGGCGUUGACGGUGUUGAAGGAGGAGCGGAAGCGCGACCUGCGGCAGCUGCAACUCACGCAGCAGGCGAAGAGCUUGUCCGAUGAGUCGUACACGACGAUCCCAGCGGGGGGUGCACGAGACUACUGCCGAGCUUACCGCGAAAUACAGCUGGGUGCGGUAGACGGCCAGGGUCUACAGCUGGUCGAGAAAAUGCGCGACACCCAAAAGGCUCACCGCAACAUACUGGACAUGGAGCCCGGUUUCCUUGGCAAGCAGUGACCUUGGCCGGCCGGCCGGAAGGGGGGGGGUUACAUGGUGCUGUAGAGAGUUACAUGUAUAUGUUGUUGAAGAUUGUAUAGUUGUAUAUUUUACGCAGUGUGGGUGUUGUUAUUGGCUUUGUAUUACAGGUUAAGCAUAGGUGUGGUUGUGUGCAAAAUAUCGUGCGGUGAUGCCGAAAAAGUCUGCUUUUUUUUCCGGUCGAGUUGAGACAUAUUUGUUCGAGUUUGUGCACGCGCAUGUUGGCGUCGUGAGCUUUUGAUACAUGUUUCGCAUCAUCACGACCAGUGGGUACAACUUAUGUACGUCAUGGGCUGGAAGGCAGCGCCAGUGUGGCUCCUGCCAACUACACCGCUUUCGCACACGUCUCUACGGUCCCUACCCCUCAUUUUCCUAUGAAUGGUGUGCCCCUGCACCCAGGUUCUGAGGCCAGAACAAAAUUCUGGAUUUUCCGCGCGUUUUUUUCGAAUCAGAACCUGAAAUUUUGAGACGGCAUCUGCAUGAUCACUUUGUCCCAAGACAAGUAUUCCCAUAUUUACAACAAUAGGGGUAACUCAU